AUGGAUACGUCUCAUCCUGGACACAUUGAUGAUUUGGUAAAUACACCAUCAACUCCGUUGAAUCAGCAAGUGAUCCCCGGAUACCAGUAUCCCUUUUCUCUCGCGCCGGAAUCAUUUCCAGAAGUUUUUUACAGACUUCAUCGUACGGAAAAUUGGAUGGAUAUCCACUCAUCCCCUGCUACUCAUCUCCUCUCCUCUCAAUCCUACAAUCCACCUGAGCACGGCUGGUCUGCGAAAGAUACACAGACUCCACUUCCUAGCUCUCCGAGAGAAAUCCUCGCGCUGGUCCGAAACCAUUUCUCGGAGAAAAGCGCGUAUGCAUCCACACCCUCGAAUUCCAUCUUUGUCCCGGGGGUAUGGCGAGCGGGAAAGAGUUCGAAGGUUAGUUUGUGGGAUAAUGCAGAGGAUGCGCGGGAGGAGGGGAGGAGGAUUGGGGGAGUGCAGAUUUUUGAGGUGGGGGGCGUGGUGUUGAGGGAGGGGGGGAGUGUGGUGUUUUGUUUGGAGGAGUUGUUGGGGAGGUGUAGUGCGUUGUAUUGGGUUACGAGGGGGAGGUAUGGGAGGGUGGGUUCGGGGGGGAAGGGGAGGAAGAAUUGGAGAAUGUGGGGGAAGGGAGGGAAGAGAGAGGGAGAGGGGUUGAGGGGGAAGGCGUAUUUGGUUGUGGGGGUUAUUCCUGGCACACACAAUCUCCCGCAUCCAUCUCCCAUUAUUCGCCCACCAAAUACAACAAACACAAACAUCGAUCACGCAUUUGAUACUCAAAAUGAGCAAGAAAGCGUUACGAAAGAGGGGAUGGCAAGAGUUUCCUCGUACUCUAGCAUCUCUACGUAUGGCCGAAAAAGUUCUGAUACUGUCGGAGAGUUUGAUUUUGAUUUUGGGCUGGAACGGGAACAAGACCAAAAACAGAUACAGGCUACCUCUCUUUCCCAGAUACCACGGCCAUCCUCACAUAGCAAAUAUACAAGUCUUCGCGAAAGAAAAUACAAUCCUGGGGUCUUCAAGUGGACUCUAGAAAAUGCCCACGCGAACGAUAUACGAGAGUACGAGAUAGAAAGAGAUGUAAGGAGACGUGCGCAGGGAAUGAAACGCAAUAGCACGUUGAGAAAAAUGGAAAAGAUUUCGGAGGAUAUAGGGGAUGGGGGAUCGGUGGAUGAGAGUGUGGGAGCGGAAGAGCGGGGCUUGGAUAUUGAAGGAGAGAGGGAAUGGAGUUGGGGUGAGGAUGAGAGGGAAAGGGAGGAAAAGAAGGAGAAGGAGAAAGAUUCAAAUUCGAAGAGGAGAAUUAUAUCAACAGCGAGAAUUACGAGGAAAGGAACUUUUGGCGAGAGGUUUAGAGAGAAAUCGGCAGUUUUUCAGGAUGUGGAGAGGGUGUCUUUGCGGGGUCAUUCGUUUGCAUCGCAUAGUUUCGAUAGGAGUGAUUGUGAUGACGACGGAAGAGGGGGGAUGGAGGGAACUGGAUAUGUUGAUACCGGAACAUCGAUUUGUGAUCGCAUUCUUGGUGAAGAGUAUAAUCUGGAGGAUAAUUUGAGCGCGGGGGAGGGGACUACUGCAUUUGAGAGUAUGGGUGUGAUGGAAAAGAGAGGAGGGGUUUGUGAGGUGUUGAAGACGAACGAUGGAUGUGAUGAUGUACGGGAAGAGAGUGGAGAUGGUAAAUCUAAUGUUUUGGGUAAGGGAGUACGUGGGAAGAAGUUCAGGAGAGAAGAAAAUGAUUUUGACUACGAGCAUAGUGAGGAAAGAGAAAGAGAAGAGGUAUCUCUUGAUUCGCGUAUGUCUUCUUUUGUUGGCGUGGUAAAUGAUGGUAACGAUGUCGAGGAAGAAGAAGAAGAAGAUUUGCAGCAUGAGGAUACAGAUUUCGAUAUCGAAACCACUGAACGAGAAAAGUCCACCCAUCAUCAAACCGCUACAAGAUCCAUCGCAAAUUCCAAGAUCCCGAUAGAGUAUCUGAAAUCUAGAAGACCGAUCCCCGGAAAGACGAUAUCGAGAGAUACUGCUAGAGAUAACUAG